GUGACCGUCCCCCACGUCGUCCUCCCCACACACGCGACGCCAGUACGCCACUGCCAGCGCGAAACAAGCAACACACGCAUUCCUCCUCCCGAUUCGCUCGCGGCCGCACCGCACCGCAGCUCUCCUCCUCCUCCUCCCCCACCCAAACCCACGGCGGCAGAUUCGAUCUCGAAUUCUCGAACUCUCUCGAUCGAACCCUGUGCCCUCUGCUCCCCGCAAAAUCCUCCGCAUUUGAUGAGUAGUCCUAUCACUCUUCUUCCUCCCCGCGCAAAUCCUCGCCGCCACUUGGAUGCCAGGGAGCUCCACCUCGCCGCCGACCACCACCACCACCCUUCUCUCCUCCGCUCCCCGCCGCGGCGCCUAGGCCGCUGCCGCCGCCGAUGGGCUAGGAGAGGAGAGGGAUCGCCGCCUCCCUGCGAUCGCCACCGGGGGAGCCGGACCCUCUCCGCGAGAUCUGGUUAAUUGAUUUGCCUACUACCAGUAUUCCGCUAGAUUCUGGACCGAUUCCUCUCUGUUGAUGCAACCACUGUACAGUUGUUGCUUUCCUUGAUGAUCAGAAGGAGCUGGCGAUUUCGGAGGUGAAUGCGUUGUUUCAUAUGGGUUUGCAGCUUAUGCUACAACAGCUAUCUCCGAUUUAGUUUAUUACCUUUGGGGAGCGUAGAGAUUGGAUUCCGCUUUGCGUUUUCCUCUUUCCUGCGAGAUUCUAGCUUAUCCUUCGAUUAAACCUAUUCGCGCGGCUAUUAGCGCAAGUGGUUAGGACGGACGCAGACUAAAAAAGGUUAGGUUAUUAGGGAUUUGGUUUUCCAUUUGGAUUGCCGAUUGCGGGAGCAUAUCCUAUUGGGAGAUUCCGGCACUGUAAAGAUAUCCUUGGCAACUGAGUUGAUUUAAUGUUAAUGUUAGUGGUGGUGGGGAGGGCAGAUAAUACGCAUUCUGAUCUGCCUGUCAAGUUGGGGGAGAAGAGAUGGGUUCCUCACAGGAAUCCACUUUUUCCUCCGCCUCAACGGCCGCGCAGGUGAAUGCCUGCGCGCUGGACUUGCUCCCGGUAUACGCCAAGGAGCUUAUCGCCGGGGGUGCAGCCGGUGCAUUCGCAAAGACUGCGGUAGCGCCGCUGGAGAGGGUCAAGAUCUUACUGCAGACCAGAACUCAUGGGUUUCAAUCCCUUGGUAUCCUCCAAUCAUUGAGGAAGCUGUGGCAGUAUGAGGGAAUUCGAGGCUUCUACAAGGGGAAUGGCGCCAGUGUGCUUCGGAUUGUUCCAUAUGCGGCAUUGCAUUACAUGACUUAUGAGCAGUAUCGGUGCUGGAUAUUGAAUAAUUUUGCUCCAUCAGUGGGUACAGGGCCUGUGGUUGAUCUAUUGGCUGGCUCAGCCGCAGGUGGGACUGCAGUUCUAUGUACCUACCCAUUAGACCUUGCUAGGACAAAGCUGGCAUAUCAGGUUUCAAAUGUGGGCCAACCUGGCAAUGCUUUGGGAAAUGCUGGUAGACAGCCAGCAUAUGGUGGUAUCAAGGACGUUUUCAAAACUGUUUACAAGGAAGGAGGCGCACGAGCUUUAUACCGUGGAGUAGGCCCAACUCUGAUCGGUAUCCUACCAUAUGCUGGACUAAAAUUCUAUAUAUAUGAAGACCUGAAAUCGCGAGUUCCAGAGGAUUACAAGAGAUCUGUUGUAUUGAAACUCUCUUGUGGUGCUUUAGCUGGUCUUUUUGGGCAAACCCUCACUUAUCCACUGGAUGUUGUCCGAAGACAGAUGCAGGUUCAGAAUAAGCAGCCCCAUAAUGCGAACGAUGCCUUCCGUAUAAGAGGGACAUUUCAGGGUCUAGCACUCAUUAUUAGGUGCCAGGGGUGGAGGCAACUCUUCGCUGGCCUAAGCCUUAACUAUGUGAAGGUCGUCCCUUCGGUUGCUAUUGGUUUCACAACAUAUGACAUGAUGAAGAAUUUGCUGAGAGUGCCACCCCGAGAGAGACUUUAUCAAUCGUCUGGUAACGCAUGAAACGGCACUGGCCUAAUUGUAUCAGGACAAAGUGAAUUCAAUAAACUCCACCCGGUGGCGUUGUAUUUUCAAUCAUAAAUUCUAUCGCUAUGUUGCAUAGGAGGGAGAUAAGUCGUAAUUAACUGUUUGAUUUGUAAAUAAUGAUAGUCAUUUGAGUUACUGUAGACUUGGAUAAGCUUGUGUAUUGAAUGUGCUACCUGUAUUAUACAAUUUGAUCAAAUAUUGCAACUGAGAGUACCCUGCAUGGGUUGUACAUAUACUAGUAUUAACCAUAAUUAGAGAUCCCUUUUCAGUAUUUUCUACUUAAUACAUCAACUAUUUGUAAGUAAUAUUUUGGAAGCAGAGAUCAUGAAAUAUGAAAGGGUAAACACCAUGUGGCUCUUAAAUUUAA